AUGGCUCCUUCACAAGACCUUCCGGCCCCGAUCCUGACGCUCGAAAAAUGCCUCGUCAGGCCAUACUACCUCAGCGACGCGCCAGCCCUCGCCCGGGCCGCUGACUCCAAGACCGUCGUCACCUACCUGCGGAACCGCUUCCCGCACCCGUACACCCUCGCCGAUUCCGAAGGCUGGAUCGCCAUGAACCAAACCCCGCCCAUCUUCAACUGGGCCAUCGUGUGCCCGACCUCGGGAACCGCCAUGGGCAGCAUCGGCCUCAUCCCCGGCGAGGACGUGUACUCGAGCAGCUACGAGCUGGGGUACUGGAUCGGCGAGGAGUUCUGGGGCAGGGGCGUGAUGAGCGAGCUCGUGCCGGCGUUUGUUAGCUGGGUGUUUUCCGGCAUGAGCGUAGGGUCGGGAGGGGUAGAGAGGGUCUGGGCGGGCGUGUUCUCGGAGAACGCGGCGAGCCAGAGGGUGCUGGAGAAGAGCGGCUUCGUCUUCGAGGGGCGGCUGAGGAGGGCCAUUAUGAAGAAGGGCGUGUGUAUGGACGAGCUCAGGUAUUCCGUCGUCCGGACCGACCUGCAGGUGUGA